ACUACUAUAGAAAAGAAAGUUAAAGCGCAGAGAAUUAGUCAUGGGGAGAAUACUUCAAAGACCUCAUCAAUUCCACUGGCAUGCCUUCCCAUGAGGGAACAGAGUCUGGGUUCUCUGAGGCGGGCUCUUCUAUCUAUGGGGUUGAAGUCACUGAGGUGGUUAAAAAGCUCCUCUGUGACAAAGCCUUGGGGGUGGAAGAGAUUAUCCCAGAGUUCUUAAAGGCUCUGGAUGUUGUGGGGCCGUCCUGGUUGACACCCCCCUCCAUCAUCGCAUGGACAUCAGGGACAGUGCGUUUGGAUUGGAAGACUGGCGUAGUGGUCAUCCUUUUUAAGAAAGAGGAACAGAGAAUGUGUUCAACUACAGGGCGAUCACACUCCUCAGCCUCCUUGAUAUGGUCUUUUCAGUGGUGCUGGAGAGGAGGAUCUGUCGGGAAGUUGAAACUCUAAUUCAGGAGGAGCAAUGGAGUUUUCGUCUUGGCCGUGGAACAAUGGACCAGUUCUACACCCUCGGCAGGGUCCUCAAGGGUGCUUGGGAGUUUGCCCAAACAGUCUACAUGUGUUUUGUGGACCUGGAGAAGGUGUUCGACUGUGUCCCUCGGGGAGUCUUGUGGGGGGUUCUUCGGGAGUAUGGCAUACCGAACCCCCUGAUCCGGGGUCUUUGGUCCCUGUACGACCAGUGUCAAAGUUUGGUCCGCAUUGCUGGCAAUGAUGAUGUUUUGUUGGCGUCAUCAAGUCGUGAUCCUCAACGUUCACUAGAGCAGUUCGCAGCAGAGUGUGAAGUGGCGAGGAUGAAAAUCAGCACCUCCAAAUAUGAGACCGUGGUCCUCAGUUGGCAAGGUUGGUACGCCUUCUCCAGGUCGGGGAGGAGAUCACAAAUGAGGGAAGAAUGGCGCGGGAAUUCGACAAGUGGAUCGGUGCAGUGUCGACACCCAGGGACGACCCAGUUUACACUGGAGAGACUACAUCUCUCGCCUGGGCUGGGAACACCUCGGGACCUACCUGGAAGAGCUGGAUGAAGUGGCUGGGGAAAACUGGGCAUCCCUGCUAAAGCCCCUGCAACUUAACCCGAGUAAGCGGUAGAAGAUGGAUGGAUGGACUCGCGACCAGUUCAGGGUGUAGUCCACCAUUCGCAGCACUCCUGUGACCCUUGUGAUGAUAAAUGGCUUAGAAAAUGGAUGGAUACAGUUCUGUCUUUGUAUGUUUUGAGCAGUUAUCUUUCACAAUGUCGAAUGUAUUUGGAAACCUCCGAAAUCAUUUUUAAAGGAUUUUUAAACAUAUUCUCUCUUUUUU